CUCGACAGGUGUGGUGAGAGACGAACAAAAAAAAAACAGACACAGAGAAGAGAAGAGAAGGAGGAGAGGGAGAAGUGAACUGGAAUAAAAAGAAAUACGGGUGGAGUGAAGAUAAAGCAGUGUUCUUGCAUCCGGUGCUGACUGUGACCACCAGUUGAAAAAACGAAAAGAUUUUGUGGAUCCAAUAGAGGUGGACAGGUGGACAUCACAAGGCAGAGAGACAGAAACAAAGAUGGCUGAGGCCCCGAAGAUUGAACUCUUCGUUAAGGCCAGUGUUGACGCUGAGAGUGUGGGGAACUGUCCCUUCUGCCAGAGACUCUUUAUGAUUCUUUGGUUAAAAGGAGCCAACUUUACCCUCACCACCGUGGACAUGAAGAGGGCACCUGAUGUGCUGAAGGCUUUGGCUCCAGGCUCUCAGCCUCCCUUCCUCCUCUACAAUGACGAGGUCAAAACUGACACUAACAAGAUUGAGGAGUUCCUGGAGGAGACCUUAGCCCCACCGCAGUAUCCAAAGUUGUGCUGCCGAUACAAAGAGUCCAACGGCGCCGGGGAAGACAUCUUCAGAAAAUUCUCAGGAUAUAUAAAGAAUCCCAACCCUGGGUUAAAUGACAUGCUAGAGAAGAAAUUUCUUUCAACUCUGGUGAUGCUGAACAUGUACCUAGAGACUCCUCUUCCUCAUGAGCUGGACAAGAACCCGAAUGCCACUGAGUCUUCACGCCUCUACCUGGACGGUGACACCCUCACCUUGGCAGACUGCAACUUGCUUCCCAAACUCAACAUUGUCAAGGUGGUGUGUAAGGAGUACCGCGACUUUGCCAUCCCUGCAGAGCUGAAAGGUCUGACACGUUACCUGGGUAAUGCCUACAAACGAGAUGAGUUUCGUUACACAUGCCCAAAUGACUCAGAGAUCCUCAUUGCUUACCAAUCUGUGGCAAAGUACCUGAACAAAUAGAUCAAGAGGGAGAGAUGAAAAUGAAUAAAAUGAGACAGAGAACAAAGAAGAAUGAAAUGAGAAAUGCAGAGAACGACAGAGAAAAGGUGACAAAAUGCCUGAAAACUGUACAGGAUUUAUUGUACAUGAUUGAGCCUGGCUAAUGAAAAUUGUUUGCAAUAGUAUGAUCAAUAAUUAGCUUUCUAUAAAAAAAAGUAUGUUUAAAGUGUUACUUAAAAAGUUGCUUAAGUUGUAUUUGUACGCUGUAUAUACUGUAUUGCAUGCUGUGGUUGUACUGAUGUGGAGUUGUUAUUCAGCCCCAGUAAGAGUUAUAAAAAGCACUGUAAAUCCCAGAGAAUAUUUAUGUUAUGUCUCAUUAUGCAUGCAUGUAUUGUGUCUAAGUAUUUACAUAAUUGUGACUGCAAUUUAUUCAUUCAUUUUUGACAUAAAAUCAGAUGCAACUUUAAAUCAAAUAUUUGACAUGUUCAGAAAGUUGUUAAAAUAAACAUAAAACACAGUUGGCAUUGGCUGUAGAUAAGGUAGACCUGAAAGCUGUUAAAGUGUCUUUUAAUGGUAUGUUUUUAAACAAACGAGGAACAUUGCUCCAAUUAAUGAAAAUUAAAACACCCAUAUAUAUAUUGCAUAUUUUUUCACAGACCGUCCUCCGAAUGAUUUUCUGAAAAUAAAUGAUGUAUCUCAGUCAUGUUUAACUUUGACAUACUGAAUGAAGAUGUUUUGUUAUGUUCAAUAUUAAAGGCUAUGUGAAAAUAUUCCACUGGUGUUGAUUGUAUGAAUAUUGGCUGAGUCUGCAAUGAUGUGUAUCAUUAAAGUGAAAACAAUAUAUAUGUAAAUCUAAGGGGAAAAAAUACAUUAUACAGUAUUUGGCCUAGAAGUUACAUUUUUAACUUCUC